AUGAAGGUUCUGCUGAGAAUUACAGUGCUCUCUAUAGCACUAAGCAUAGCACUGAGUACAGAAGAAGCAGCGGAGAAUAUAACAACCACUCAGAUACCUCCCGAGGAGGCCUCUUCUGAGUGGGGUAUUGGAGCUGUUCGGGAUGGAUUUGAAGCCGUCAAUGGUUAUUUUGACUCUUUUCUGGAGCUCCUUGGUGGAAGAAAUGGUGUGUGCCAAUACAAGUGUCGCUAUGGUAAAGCUCCACUUCCUAGACCAGACUACAAACCUCAAGAACCCAAUGGCUGUAGUUCCUAUUUCCUGGGUCUCAAGGUACCAGAGAGUUUGGAUAUGGGUAUCCCAGCAAUGACAAAAUGCUGUAACCAACUUGAUAUUUGUUAUGACACCUGUGGAGCCAACAAGUACCGCUGUGAUGCAAAGUUCCGCUGGUGUUUGCAUUCCAUCUGCUCCGAUCUCAAGAAAAGCUUGGGCUUUGUCUCCAAAGUUGAAGUAGCCUGUGAAUCAGUGGCUGACACAGUCUUUAACACAGUCUGGACGUUGGGAUGUAAACCUUUCAUGAAUAGCCAAAGAGCAUCCUGCAUCUGCAAUGAGGAGGAACGGGAUGAGCUAUAA